CAGAUCUGUGCGACCUGUGUGUUCCCAUAGACACGGGGCACGGGAGGAAUGCUCAUGGGCGACAGGUGCUCCUCCCUUCAGGGAAUAUCAUUAGCUCGGGGACUCCGAUCCCCCCACCAGGAUAAACCUUUGACAGUGACAAGGAAGUGUGAUGCAGAGGUGUGGUUUUAGGUACACAUUCAGGAAAGGCCAGUUCCCUGAUCCCUCCCCUCGCCUCUUGUCUCUGGAUGCAGUUUCUAAGCUCUCAGAUGAUUCUGUUUCAAGCUGAGCCCACCAGUCUGCACUCAGGAAGCAAGUAUGAAAUCACUACUGGCCAUCACACUUUCACUCCUCCUGAUACUUCAAUCUUUCCAGCAAGUGUCCAGUGCUAAUAUACCUGAUGUAUGGGAAAGAAGCAAUGAGGCAAUUGAAGGCAAUGAAACACAGCCAUCUAGUCUGGAAACCACUGAUCCACCAAUGGGAGAAAGUAUGGAAGACACAGUAAGCACUGAAGACACACAACCCGACCCAAGCAGUUCAGAAAAUGAAAACCAACGACUUGACCCAUUUUUAAGCGGAGGGGAAUCCCCGGAAAAUUCCAGUUGGAUCCAACCAAUGGAUCAGAACCUGGAACAGUCUAGUAACGAGACAGAGGAAGGCAGUUCUGAAGAUCUGUUUUUUACACCCCCGCCUCCUUUGAUCACAUUUAACUCAAGCACCGUGAUGUCAAAAACAACAGCAGAAUCCAAUGAAACGCUCAACGCAAAUACAUCUGCUCCAAAUAGCACAACUAUCACUCCAAAACCUGAGAAUACCACCACUGAGAGCAACUUCGAGGAAUCGGGUUCUGGAAAUUUGACCACUAACAGCACUACUAAGAGUCCAGCCACCACAACAGAAGAGGUCAGCAUCCAGAACAAAACUACAGAAGGUCCAACUGCAGCACCAACUGAAGCACCAACUGAUAUCUCUGAGAACGCCACAACACCCGUUCUGGACAGUAAGGAUCUUGAAGCAAACCUGACUAUUGACACCAGAGAGAGUUCUGAAGCAGGUUCGUCCUCAGAUACAGUUACGGAAGUUGCCAAAAACAAGAAUGGUCAGGCAUGGGCUGUUGUCCUUAUCCUUGGCGUCAUAGUGGGAAUCAUUGCUUUGGGAGCUUUUAUCUUCCUGAAUCGCAGGAACAGAAGAGACUUCUCACACAGCAAACUGGUGGAAGAGACGUCACCUGAUCCAGUUCUCCGACUGGAUAACAGUGAGCCACUAGACCUGAAGUAUGAUGGAUUUGGAUACUACAAUCCAGGACUACAAGGGGACAACAUCCAGAUGACCAACUUUCCACAGGGACGUUCAAAAUGAGAACAUCCUCGUCUGUGAUGCCAAAGACACUUUAUUUAAUGCUGAACCCAUGUGAAGACAGAAAGGAUGUAAUUAAGAAGUGAUUGUCAUUUUAAAGUGAUUUGCCAAAUCAAUCACAAGGCAAUUUUAUAUAUCUGAAAAAUCAACACAAGUUUUUAACUAUAAGUAGUGCCUUUUCUUUGGAUGCUAUAUAGACUUUAAGAACUUAAAUUUCUGAGUACUUGGUAGAUUUGUUGAAAUCGCAAAGUUUUGGACUUUAUUUCUUUUUUCCUGCUUAUUAUGUGAAUAAUUAUUGUUUCAUGUGAAAUUUUGAAUGUUUCUAUCAAAGUUUGUAAAUGUCAGUAUGCAAGAUAGUGUGAAAUAAGCAGCAUUAUGUGAAAUAAUCAGCAACUCCUCUAUACACCAAUGUUUUACUCUGGAAGAAAAUGUCAGUAAAGUGGUAGAAGAUCAAUUGGCUAUUUGACAUGUUGAGUUUUCUGACAUAAUACCUCUCUUCUGAGCCUAUAAUAUUUGAAGAUGUUUUUAGUUUACAAGACCUUGAUGUUAAAAACUAAAUAGAGAAUUAACACAACAUUUUCUCAGAUUAUUAUAAAUAAUAGCAUGUUAAAACUAGAUUUGUCUCUGUAAAAAAGUGUGUUAUUUAAAAUAUUGGAAGAUUGAUGUUAUUGGUGAAAGGAAAUAUUGAAACAGUAAAAAUGUUAAUAAUAUACCACAUGCUGAUGCUGCCUAUGUUUAUACUGGACAGAGUGGUGUAAAAAAACAGUGUAAACACCACACUCACCACUUACUCACCCUCAAGUGCAAUGGUCUCAAACACCAUUCCAGCUCUGCAUAGUUUUGCUCCACCUCAACUCACACCUGCUUACUAGUCCAUGGUUUUAAACACCUUGAUUAGUUGGAUCAGCUUUGUUGGAGCAAAACUGUGCUGAGCAGCGGCCCUCCAGGAAUCCAGUUUAAGGCCUACUGUAUGCUCAAGUGGUUCCAAACGUUUGUGAGUUCAAAAGUAAAAGAUAUUUAAAAAAUAUGGCUACUGCUUUAAAACAUUAUUAAAAUAACAAGUGGAGGUUGAACACCGGACAGAAGUUUUAUUUUUAAGUGAACUAUCCCCUAAAAUAUACCUACAACCAUCGUUUACAAACCAGUUGUAAACUUUUUAUUGCACAUGUAUGAUAUGUUGACAUCUGAUACCAUUAAAUAUGAAAUUUUUCUUCAAAUAAUUUAAUAUAA